AUCCUAUUUAUCAUUUAAUUAAAUACUCUUUCUUCCUGCUUAAGAAUAUGUAGAGACACUUCUUCUGUUCACCUCUUCAGUACCAAACCACUCGAAUUCUUUUUCAUCUUAAUCUAAUUCAUCCAUCAAACUUGACUACCACGACCGUUGAUGCAAUCGGCGACCAGAUAGAAGAAGGUCACAGAGAAGCGAACCAGAUUGGGGACGAAGCGAAUGCCUCAGAAGUGAAAUCCAUUCCUUAAUUCUUUCAGACUUUUGCUAUAAUCUAACUAGUUGAGCAGAGAGGACAUAUGAACUGGCUGUUUUUGUAUACAAGGAAACAUAACUUCCUGGUCAAAUAUGUCUUUGUAUAUUGGUCAAAUAUCAGCACGCACUCAUAGAGAUGAUCUUGAACGGGUUUUUCGGAGGUAUGGACAGUGUGAUGUACGACUGAAAGAUGGAUAUGGUUUUGUAGUCUACGAUUUCCCUCUAAAUGCUGAGAAAGCUCUUAGAGGACUACAAGGUAAGAGCAUAUUUGGGCAACAAUUAACCAUUACAUGGUCAAAAAAACAGCCAAGAGCUUUCCAAAGAUACACAAGGGGCGCAAGGUCCUAUGAGUCACACGGGAGAGAUUUUGGCCGGAGAAAAGGGCCAAAUGAUUGGGGCAAUUAUAGCUCAGGUAACAGGCAAACAGAUGGUGAUGGUGAUAGGCUUAAUUCUGAGGAUAUGCUUGCUGAAGGUAGGGAUUAUCAUCAAGAAGAAACAAUCGAUUGUGUUGGAGAAGAACAUGAUAAUUUUAGGGAAGAUUUACGAAGAGAUGGUGAUGAUUACCUUGGAGAAGAACAGGAUAAUUAUAGGGAAAAUUUCGCAAGAGAUGGCGGUGAUUACAUUAGAGAACGGGAUAAUUUUAGAGAAGAUUUGGCAAGAGAUGGUGGUGGUACUGUAUCUAAGAUUGACAAUGGUAGAUGGGGUGAGCGAGUGGAUGACCAUUCAAAUGAAAAUGGACUUUAUAGUGACUUGAAUACUGACCGAUAUGAACCUUAUCAGGGUUAUGACAGAAGAGAUAAAGAUGAAAAUCGUUGGAAGACUCGCUCUGGUGGUUCGACACUUGGAAGUUCUCAAGAGAAUGUAGGGAGAGAGUUAGAUGGUUAUAGUUGUUUUAGUUGUGGAGCUUUGGGUCACAAGAUGCGAGAUUGCCCAAGAAAACAUUCUUCACGGAGGAAAAUUACAAGGUUUGAUCGUGGACCUGAUGAUGAUAUCAGUAAAGGAAGAGGUGAUGGGGAGUUGGAGAGAUUUGAAUCUAAGUCCGGGAACAAUGUGCAGCCAAGUAAGGGUGCUAAGUUGAGGGAGAUGAACGAUAAAAGAGGUGAUGGGGAGUUGGAGAGAUUUGAAUCUAAGUCUGGGCACAUUGUGCAGCCAUGUAAGGGUGCCGAGUUGAGGAAAAUGAAUGAUAAAUGGACAUCUAAUUCAGAAAAGCAUCAAGUUUCAAUAAAGAACAGAAAUUCUGAUGAAGUUGUGAGAGUUCAAGGAAAAGAUAGUGAAAGAAAGAAAAGAAACAAAAGGGAAACUGGAUCUCCUAAAAGACAAAGUGCAAAGAAACCAAAGAGAUCAGCAUCAACAACUUUUGAUUCAGAGUAUCCUGCUUCUAGAGCACGUUCAGUUUCAAAAUCUUUAAAGUCUUUUGGAAGGUCGAUUUCACAAUCUAGAUCAAGAUCAGUUUCUGUAGGUUCUUUGUCUUCUGAUUCGAAAGCCAGCUCCAAAUUGGGUUAUUUAAAAUCUUUAAGUUCCAAAUCAAGGUCCAGGUCAAGCUCACAUACAUCCUUGUCUUUGUCUGUAUCCAUUGGCCGGCCAGCAUCCUCUCCUGGUAAGGCACAUAUUAAUCACAAAGAAUCUUUGAAUGAUGGUGUGAUUCCCAAAUCCCCUUGCAUUGAAGUUCGAAAGUCCAUAAAAGGUGACACUCACUGCGAAAAUGCUCAAACUGAAAUUGGAAUGACAGUACUCAAGAACGGAAAUGCAGUCUCAGCCUCUGAAGUAGAAAACGACACAGAAAAGAACCAGGAUACUACUAAAAGCAGGUCAUUGUUCAAAAUGACUAGUCUUGGCAACUCACAAUCGGAUGUAGGUGCUGGGCAUUCAACUCCAGAUGAUUUGAAAGUGACAUCAGAUCAGACAAAUUCUGAUGCCUUAGCAACGAACCGUAUCCUGAAACCAACUGAUGCAUCAGACUCAGGAACUCCCACUGUCUCCUCGGGCCGUUCAACAAACAUAUCUUUGAACGAGAUGUGCAUGGUGCUAAAGCACUACGGCCUAGAAGUCCCAGAAGAAAGCGAAAGACAUCAUUCUUUAGAAUCUUACUUUGGAUCCGCUCGCCUGUGGCCGUGGCAGAGCAUCUAUUACAGGAGGAUGAGAAAAGGUCCAGUAUCAGUUGAGAACUAUGCCAAAAGGGUUGCUCAAAAUCAAGAAUUCGGUAUUGUUGACAAGUACAUCAGAAGCAGUAGUGGAUGGGGAGAAAUGUUUCAGGAAAAUCCAUGAAAGUUUUUGGCGGUUAUACGAGAACUAUCUUGCCUUGUAAGGCCAACUUAGAACUUCCAUAAGGUUUCUAAGUAUAAUUUUUGAUCCUGUAGCUUUCAUGCAAACAUGUUUCAUAUGGUUAUAGUUAUUAUUCAUCGUUGUUAGUAGUCAUGCAUUACCUGUUAUUACUUUUUCCAAUUUUCUACUACAAACAAUCUCUUUCAGAGCUUCUUCUUUUCUUGUUGGUGUUUCUAGCUAAAUGAAGAAAUGUAGAUAAAAAUAUCUAUGGCUUUGGAUUGUAUGGCUGAGAUCACAGUUUUAAUUUUUGUGUAUUUGAGUUUUAAUAUUUUUAUUAAAGCUUUUUGGUUCAUAUGCUCA